AUGGCGAUAGCUCCGACAUACUCGGCGACGCAGGCGACGCCACCCCCUCCUGCUGCUACCGCCCCGCCGUCAAUUUCCCGAGGUGCUGUCUGUCUCUCCCCGGGAGGCUACGCCAACACGAUUGUCACGCCCAAGUCGUUUCAUGUUGUCGACACCUCGUUGGUGCCCGACGCGACGUUCUACCAUCCCCCACCGCCGGCCUGCUCGAUCUUGUUCAUGGUGUUUCUCGCUGCCCCUAAGAUGGCCAUGAACAUGGCAUGGGCUGCUCAGUGGGCGGCAUUUGGCCCCCUUCUCGAAACGCUCUUGCCGUCGUGGGCCGUGCAACUGGUGCAAAUCAUUGGCCCCCUGACUGGUCUAUUGGUGGCUCCCACAGUGGGGGUGCUCAGUGACGCGUGUACGAGUACGUAUGGCCGCCGCCGCCCUUUUCUCCUCUUUGGGGCUGUCGCGUCCUCCACGUGCUGGCUGGUCAUGUCGUACGCUAGGGAAAUCGGCGAAGCUAUGGGGGACGUCCGGGGUGGGGCUCGCCAGCCGUGGACGGCCGUGUGGACAGUGCUGUGCUACAUUUGGAUGGACAUCACGGUUAACAUGACGCAGGUCCCGGUGAGUUUGAUCUUGGCUGACUUUGCAGGCGACCGGCAAGUGACGGCGGCGUCGAUCGGCCAGGGAUUUUCAAUUGCCGGGUCGUUUUGCGUGUCGGGGUACAUUUUGUUCUUUGGGCCUGCCCACGAGUCCAUUCACGCGUUCAUGUUUAUGCUGGUGGGUGUCAUGCUCGGCACCGCCCUUCCCGUGUGCAUUUGGGCCAAGGAGGAGCCGUACACGUCCCCAGCGGACGCGACACCUCGGUGCCAGCAGCUCCAGCAAGCGUUUGCCGCCGUCUACACUGGCCUCCGCCAGCUACCACGCGUCCUCGUGUCGUUUUGCGUGUGCUUUUUGCUCAUUCAGUACGGCUACACUGCGUAUAACGGCGCCAAGGGGCAAUUCUUUGGGUUGCAUGUGUUUGGUGGCAGUGCGGACGGGGCCAACAUCUGCGGGAAGGAAUGCACGGGCCCCCAACUAGCGUACAACGACGGUGUGCACCUCGCAGGGGGAAUCACAGACACGAUUUUCAACGGCGUGGGGCUGGUCUACCUGUGCAUUUUGCCCUGGCUCGUCCGAACGUGUGGCGCCAAGCGCGUGUUUACGUGGUCUAUUUUACCGCAAGCGAUGCUGAUCGCGAUGGCGUUCUGCAAGGUCGUUGAAAUGAAUGUGACGAUUGUAGUGCUGUGCGCCAUCACACAAAACACGGUGUUUGCGAUGCAAAUUCCAGUGAUUAUGCAUGUGGUUGGGCAUGGCCCAGACAAUCAACUGGGUUUGUUUGCCGGGGCGUUCAAUUCUGCGAAUUGCGCUGGCCAGCUGCUCAACUUUGUGCUUGCGACGCUGCUGGUGCAAACGGACAUGGGACACGCGUUGCCCGUGCUUGUGGGCGGCAUCCUCAGUCUGGGGGCGCUGCUUGUAGCCCAAUUCACGCUUCAGUUGAACAUGAAGUCGUUGUAA